CUUGGAUUUCCAGCCUAAAACUCACAGAAAUUGUCCAUGGAGAGUUUCCAGGCAGCAACUAUCUACACAGUUUAAGCUAGAAAUACUGCGACCUUCCAAUAAGCUUGAGAGGGAGAAGCUGACCCGUGAAGAAUUAUAAUGGCAAAUCUGUGUAUACACAGACUCCCACUAUGUAUCUCCAUAGACGAAGUCAUAAGGAAACGUCUCCUUAUUGAUGGAGAUGGUGCUGGAGAUGACCGCAGAAUUAAUCUGCUAGUGAAAAGUUUCAUUAAAUGGUGCAACUCUGGAUCCCAAGAAGAGGGAUACAGCCAGUACCAACGAAUGCUGAGCACUCUGUCCCAAUGUGAGUUUUCCAUGGGCAAAACUUUGCUGGUGUAUGAUAUGAAUCUCAGGGAGAUGGAAAACUAUGAAAAAAUUUACAAAGAAAUAGAAUGCAACAUUGCAGGAGCACAUGAAAAGAUUGCUGAGUGCAAAAAGCAAAUUCUUCAAGCAAAACGUAUUAGAAAAAAUCGCCAAGAAUAUGAUGCUUUGGCAAAGGUGAUCCAGCAUCACCCAGACAGGCAUGAGACCUUAAAGGAACUAGAGGCUUUAGGGAAAGAGUUGGAGCAUCUUUCACACAUUAAAGAAAGCGUGGAAGACAAGCUGGAAUUGCGACGGAAACAGUUUCACGUUCUUCUUAGCACCAUCCAUGAACUCCAGCAGACUCUGGAAAAUGAUGAAAAGCUCUCAGAAGUAGAAGAAACUCAAGAAACAAGCAUAGAAACGGAUCCUAAGCCAUAGCAGAUCAAUUGCUCGUCAUUCCCAAGAAUGCUGAAAGAGCUCCGUGACUUAGUAUGUUAGAAUUUGUUAUGCUCUUAAAAUAUUUAAAAUUUGGGCAACAAAUACUUUGCUUUUAAAUAUUAAUACUCAUUCAUAUUUCUUCACACAACGAAAAAUGACUUCAGUGUAUUUUUUUAUUGAAGCACAUUUUUUAUUCUUAAAAGACAGGAAACAACACUGAAAUAAAAUGUGUUUAAAGUUGGA